AUGGACACGCCGUCGGCCUUGGAGCCGACUCUCACACAGGCUCAAGCCUUUGGUUUGCUCAUUGUCUACUGCUUCGUCUACAUUCUGCCUCUCCACGCCUCGGCCGCCACGAGAGCAUCAGCCAACCGUUCGAGGGAUGCCCCGGAAGCGAUCCGGGCGAGGAUACGCUCCGUCUCCGUCUCCACCGCCUUGUGCUCCCUCGUCACACUGCUCGUCCUCGUCCGCUCCGGCUCGAUCGACUCGGCCCUUCACCGCAUGGGAUACUGGCCCCUCGGCUUGACCGAAGCUGCCAAGGCCUUGCUUCUCACCGGUUUGCUCUUCGCCGGCCCGCUCUAUGAAUGUCUUCUCGUCGAUGGCGUUUGGACCCAGUGGCUACGCCUCGAGCCCCUGCGGCAGGUCUGGGCUGAAUGGCCGCCCUGGCGCAACAUGGUCGCUGGACCCGUCACCGAGGAGUGCCUCUUCCGAUCCGCCGCCGUUCCGUUGCUGCUCCUCGCCGGCACCACCGUCAGAGACAUCGUCUUCUACUCUCCCCUCAUAUUUGGCCUCGCUCAUCUUCACCACUUCUACGAGUUUCGCAUCACGCAUCCUCAAACGCCGCUCGCCGUCGCCAUUGCCCGCUCGGUCCUGCAGCUCAUGUACACGUCCAUCUUUGGCGCGUACGCGACCUUCAUCUUCCUGCGAACAGGUUCGCUGCUCGCUGCCAUUUCCAUCCACACGCUCUGCAAUUGCAUGGGCCUGCCCCGACUCUGGGGUGCUGUAGAGCCCUACUGGCUGACCCCCUCGAUGCUGUCGCGUCCCGGAUCGGUGUUGACAUGGACCACCCUCUACUACGCCCUGCUCCUCGGAGGUUCAACGCUGUGGUGGCUCAAUCUGUACUCUUUGACUCGGUCGCCCAUGUCAUUGAUUGAUUUCUAA